AUGUAUAAAGGCGGUCGCUACUCCUUGCUGGUCGUGUUGCCUCGCACCCGCGACGGCCUGACGCGGCUGACGGCGGAUCUGCCCUCGGCGCCGCUCGAAGACAUCCAGGACAGCUUGCGCGAGGAGGAGCUGCAGGUCUCUCUGCCCACAUUCUACGUGGAGACCACUACAAAGCCAGUUGCAGCCUUAGCUAAGUUCGGAGUGAGCAGCAUCUUCAGCCGCGACGCCGAGCUGUCGGGUGUUUCUUCAGCGGAGGGACUAUUCGUACAGGAGCUGGUGCAGCACGUAGCGGUUCGCGUCGACAACACGGACACUUCCGCGUCACAAAUGUCAGCAUCUAACGCGGUCCAGGAGUCUCUUAAGAACAUCCCAUUGUCCGGCAUCAAGGAACCCCGCCGCUUCAGCGUCGACCGACCCUUCAUGUUCUUCAUCAUCGAUCGCCUCGACAACUUGGUUGUUAUUGCUGGGAAAGUCAUAGACCCAGAAGCACCGACGCCGUUCCAAAUUUAA